AUGGUUUUGAAUUCAACUCCUGAGAAAGUUCCAGAUAAGGAAAAGAGUCUUGUAGAUCGCUACGAAACGCUCCGUAAAUCUAUACGAAAUGACGAUGCAUCGGCUCAUAAAGGUGAAGCCGAUGCGAUCAUAGUGGAGCAUUUAACCGAAUUGGAACACAUAUAUGAGCUUGUUCGGCGCCAGCACAGUACAAAGAUACAUCUUAAGGACGCAGAGGUGUUCAUGGAUGCGUCGGAAAUUGCUGCCACAAACGCUAAGAAUAUCAAGUUUGGUGAUGUUGGAGCAUCGAUUAGCUCUGAUGAAAUGGCAGGAAAGCUAGACGAAUUCCUUCGCUUCGACCUAACUUCGGAACCAGAAACACCAGAGGAGACUUUCAAUACCCGCAAUUGGGCAAAGUUGGCUGCAUUGUACUACAGUACAAGUGGGAAGCCAAUGCUUGUAGAUUCGCUAUUUGGACCUUUGGAAACAGAAAGGAGGAAACCAACCGCUAGAACACGCAAUGUCGAUGAUAGCACGUCCACUAAUCUCACCACGGCAACGCAAUUACAGUCACUGGAUAUUGCCGGAGGGGAGGAGCAAAAUACGGCCCACAUGGUAAAGAGGGUCUAUCAAACGUUUCUCGAGAAAAAUAAUGGGUCGGAUAUCAAUUUCUUUACAUUUUUCAUCAAUCCCGACUCCUUUGCACAGUCGGUCGAAAACCUCUUCUUCACCAGUUUCCUCAUCAGAGAUGCUCGCUUGCGACUUUAUUUAAAGAACAACAUUCCCAUGUUGAGAAAAACCGAACCAGAUGAACAGUACGAAGCUCAGACAACAAAUUUGCAAGCUGGACAUUACAUCUCUACGUUGACAUACGGCUCAUGGCAAAGUGCUAUUGAGAAAUUUGAUGUAACUGAUCUGUUCUUGCCAGAUCGUGGAAAUUAA